AUGGAUGAGGGCUCCGAUAAGGCCCCUCGACGCAAGAGGGUCUCACGCGCCUGCGACCGCUGUCGUAGCAAAAAGGAUAAAUGCGAUGGCAUCCGUCCCACAUGCUCUGCCUGCCAGGCCUCCGGUCAAUCCUGCUCCUACGACCCCCACGCAAAGAAACGCGGUCUCCCUGAAGGCUACGUCCGCGGACUCGAGAAGCUCUGGGCGCUAUCACUCUGUAACAUCGACGGAUUCGAAGAUACCAUGCUGGCCAUGCUAGGCGCGACCGCCGACUCUGCCGAUCGUCGCGCCAAAUUGAUGUCCGUCUGGUCUGAGGAUACUUCUUCCGAGAGUCUGCAUGAAACCUGGAAGACGAGUCGUCUGUAUGGCGCGCUGGAGAAAAUGCUCUCCGGCUCGGAACAGACCCCCGCGAUAGCUACAGGCACGGGGAAACGGUCGCGUAACCCGAAUGAUGAUCUGGAUGAUACUUGGGGGUAUCGCUUUGGGAGGGAAUCGAGUCCGCUUGGUCCGGCUGCGCCGCGAAUUGUCGGGCCUGUUUCACUUUCGCUUUCGUCGGCCUCAGCCUCGAUGUCAGGAAUUUCGCCAAGUGCGAAGCGCUCGCGAUUGGCGCAGGCACAGUCACAGGCACAGUCUGAUCGUGGUCUCUUAUCAUCUCCACAAAAUCUCCAGUUACCCCCGCAAACCUCCCAACUCCUCGACAUUUACUUCGCCGCAACACACUCCUGGCUCCCAAUCCUCGCAAAACACAAUACCCUCCGCGCUUCCUACCUCUACGCCAACACCGCCGUCUCCCUCACAGCCACGACCCCCGGUUCCGGCGACCAUGCUGCACUAUGGGCGAUCCUCAGCUACACAAUCACUCAAUCCCGAACCGAUCCCCGCUCCAGUCCCGUCGGGACACUCUCCUUAGCAAAAGAGUAUUACACCAUCUCACGAAAUCUCAUCCCCCUCGAAAAAGACCGCUAUGAACUCGGCCAUAUCCAGGCAUUACUAUUACUUACACUGGUGAACAUGGGACUGGAGGAUUGGACAGCGGCAUGGUUAUUAAGUGGACAAGCAGUGCGCAUGGCGAUCGCAUUAGGACUGGGCUCUUUCACCGAUACGCGACAAUCCGAUGAGCUCAGACAGGGCAAGGCGGUGUUUCUAGGCUGUUUUGUCAUCGAUUCUUUACUUUCUUUCCGCCUUCGUCGUUGUCCGGCCAUGUCAGCGAAUGACAUUGCAACGGUCGGUCUAUUAGAAGAAGAUGGACUAGAAGAGUGGAAUUCCUGGGCCGAUGUUCUUCCCACGGCCAACGCCAGCCCCAGCACCGCGCAUGGGAAGGUCCCUCCGCGCCGAGGACCACUGAUGUCUCUCAGCUGCUUCAACCGCCUAGUCGAACUAGCCAGCGUGCUGAACAAAAUCUCACGCAAUCUUUCAAUGGGGUACAAACCCGCAACAUUCGCCCAGCAGCUAGUCAUGGACCUGAAACAAUGGGACGACGGACUGCCUCUAGGCUGCCGUCUAAUCGGACCGGAAAGUAUCUACCCAGAGCGACACUCAGCCUUACUACCGCAUCAAAGUUAUCUCGGAUUAACAUAUGUCGCCACCCUUCUCUGGCUAUAUGUCUGUCUCAUCCCGGGGGAACAGGGCUUACAUCGCGCUCAACGGCCCGCGACAGAGGGCGCAAAGAAACUCCUUUACCGCGGGUUAUCCAUGCUGGGCCAGCAUCUGGAGAAUUUCCCGAUCUGCGGACUGCCCCCGAUGUUCGAGUUCGGGCUCCGGACUAUCUCCGAGCAGGCAUUUUCGUUACGCCAGGUUGAUGCGUCGGAUACGUUCCCGUUUGCGCGGUGGGCGGACGAGUUUCGUCAGAAGACGAGUGCUCUUGUUUCCACCUGGCCUGCUUAUGGUUCUCUUACCGCGGCCAUGGAACGGUCUCAGCAGUCACAGUCACAGUCACAACAGCCGAAUGGGUAUCACCCAGCGCCAGCGCCAGCGCCAUUUGGAAGUGGGGGCAUGCUAGCACCAACCACGAUCCCGAGUACUGUUCCUGUAUCUAUCCCCGUCCCCGUCCCGGAACAGACAUACGCCUCAUCCAUAAUGGGAAUAAGCAUACCAGCCGACACCCAAACAACGCCAAAAGACACAAUAAUGUCAAACACAGACCUCAUGAUACCAGAAAUCCCCCCCAAUAGACCCACCACCAGAAUACCCCCCCACACCCACACCCACACCCACACCCCUCAACUUCCUCCCCUCUUCCUCCUCCCUCCGCGACGAAUCCCGGCCCCGCCCCCGGCCCAAACCCGGAAGAUCUAG